GGGAGCGCGCACUGCGCAGGCGCGGCGGCUGAGGCGAGCAUGAAUGGAGGAAAAUGGCGGAUCAUGUGCAGAGCCUGGCGCAACUAGAGAUCCUGUGUAAGCAGCUCUAUGAAACGACGGAGACAUCCACAAGGCUAGAGGCAGAAAAGGCCCUGGUGGAGUUUACCAACAGCGCCGACUGUCUGAACAAAUGCCAGCUGCUUUUAGAGAGAGGAAGCUCAUCGUAUUCACAGUUGCUGGCAGCAACCUGCCUUACGAAACUGGUGUCUCGCACAACCAACCCUCUGCCUUUAGAACAGCGCAUCGAUAUACGAAACUAUGUUCUGAAUUAUCUGGCAACGAGGCCAAAGUUGGCGAGCUUCGUCACACAGGCCUUGAUCCAACUGUUUGCCAGGAUCACCAAACUGGGCUGGUUUGACUGUCAGAAGGAGGAGUACGUGUUUCGAAACGUCAUAACCGACGUCACAAGAUUCUUACAGGAUACCGUCGAGCACUGCGUUAUAGGAGUAAUGAUCCUUUCUCAGUUAACGAAUGAAAUAAACCAAGCUGACACUACACAUCCACUAACUAAACAUAGGAAGAUCGCUUCGUCCUUCAGGGAUGCUUCUCUCUUUGAUAUCUUCACGCUCUCGUGCAAUUUACUGAAGCAGGCUUCCGGGAAGACCCUAAACUUGAACGAUGAGAGCCAGCACGGACUCCUCAUGCAGCUGCUCAAACUGGCUCACAACUGUCUGAACUUCGACUUCAUCGGUACCUCCACCGACGAGUCGUCUGAUGAUCUCUGCACCGUCCAGAUUCCAACCAGCUGGAGGUCAGCUUUCCUCGAUUCAUCAACCCUGCAGCUGUUCUUUGACUUGUAUCAUUCCAUUCCUCCGUCACUCUCUCCUCUGGUGUUGUCCUGUUUAGUGCAGAUCGCCUCAGUACGGCGAUCGUUGUUUAACAAUGCCGAGCGAGCCAAGUUCCUAUCGCACCUCGUGGAUGGAGUCAAACGGAUACUUGAAAACCCACAGAGCUUGUCCGACCCCAACAACUAUCACGAGUUCUGCCGGUUGCUGGCACGGCUGAAAAGCAACUACCAGCUGGGGGAGCUGGUGAAGGUGGAGAAUUACCCGGAGGUUAUCCGCCUGAUUGCCAACUUCACAGUGACCAGCCUUCAGCAGCAUUGGGAAUUUGCCCCCAACAGCGUCCAUUACCUGCUGAGCCUCUGGCAGCGUUUGGCAGCCUCCGUCCCCUACGUCAAAGCCACGGAGCCCCACAUGCUGGAGACCUACACACCUGAAGUCACCAAAGCGUACAUCACCUCCAGGUUGGAGUCGCUUCACAUCAUUCUGAGGGACGGGCUGGAGGAUCCUCUGGACGACACGGGGCUUGUCCAGCAGCAGCUUGACCAGCUGUCCACCAUAGGCCGGUGCGAAUACGAGAAGACGUGCGCUCUGUUGGUGCAGCUCUUCGACCAGUCGGCGCAAAGCUACCAGGAGUUACUGCAGAGCGCGAACGCCAGCGCCAUGGAUAUCGCUGUCCAGGAAGGCCGCCUGACGUGGUUGGUUUACAUCAUCGGGGCUGUGAUCGGGGGUCGGGUCUCGUUCGCGAGCACAGACGAGCAAGACGCAAUGGAUGGGGAGCUGGUGUGUCGUGUGUUGCAGCUGAUGAACCUGACGGACUCGCGCUUGGCUCAGGCGGGGAAUGAGAAGCUGGAGCUCGCCAUGCUCAGCUUCUUCGAGCAGUUCCGGAAGAUUUACAUCGGGGACCAGGUGCAGAAAUCCUCCAAGUUGUACCGGAGACUGUCGGAGGUUCUGGGGCUAAAUGACGAGACCAUGGUGCUGAGUGUCUUCAUCGGCAAAAUAAUCACCAACCUGAAAUACUGGGGACGAUGUGAGCCCAUCACCUCCAAAACCCUGCAACUCCUAAAUGACCUCUCCAUCGGGUAUAGCAGUGUCAGGAAACUGGUCAAACUCACCGCUGUUCAGUUCAUGUUGAACAACCACACAAGUGAACACUUCUCAUUCCUGGGCAUCAAUAACCAGUCAAACCUCAGUGACAUGAGGUGCCGCACUACCUUCUACACAGCGCUCGGGCGGCUACUGAUGGUGGACCUGGGUGAAGAUGAAGAUCAGUUUGAACAGUUCAUGCUGCCUCUAACAGCGGCGUUCGAAACCGUGGCUCAGAUGUUCAAUUCCAGCACGUACAACGAACAAGACGCCAAGCGGACGCUGGUGGGGCUGGUGAGGGAUCUAAGGGGCAUCGCUUUCGCCUUCAACGCCAAGACUAGCUUCAUGAUGUUAUUUGACUGGAUUUACCCAGCCUACAUGCCCAUCCUGCAGCGAGCCGUAGAACUGUGGUACCACGACCCAGCCUGUACCACCCCCAUACUCAAACUCAUGGCAGAACUGGUCCAUAACAGGUCACAGCGAUUGCAGUUUGACGUGUCCUCACCGAAUGGUAUCCUACUCUUCAGGGAGACCAGCAAGAUGAUCACGACAUACGGGAACCGUAUCCUCACGUUGGGAGAGGUGCCGAAGGACCAAGUGUAUGGGUUAAAAUUGAAGGGGAUCUCGGUUUGCUUCUCCAUGCUGAAGGCCGCUCUUAGCGGCAGCUACGUCAACUUCGGGGUCUUCCGUCUCUACGGCGACGACGCACUGGACAACGCUCUACAAACCUUCAUCAAACUCCUGCUGUCAAUCCCGCACAGCGACCUGUUGGAUUAUCCGAAACUCAGCCAGUCAUACUACUCCUUGUUAGAAGUUCUCACCCAGGACCAUAUGAACUUUAUUGCCAGCCUGGAGCCACACGUUAUCAUGUACAUUCUCUCUUCCAUCUCCGAAGGGCUGACCGCACUGGACACCAUGGUGUGUACGGGCUGCUGCUCCAGUCUGGACCACAUCGUCACCUACCUGUUCAAACAGCUGUCACGCAGCACCAAGAAGCGCACAGCGCCCAUCAGCCAAGAGAGUGACCGCUUCCUGCACAUCAUGCAACAGCAUCCAGAGAUGAUCCAGCAGAUGCUCUCCACUGUUCUAAACAUCAUCAUAUUUGAAGACUGCAGAAACCAGUGGUCCAUGUCACGGCCUCUGCUCGGGUUAAUCCUGCUGAACGAGAAGUACUUUGCCGACUUACGGAACAGUAUAGUGAACAGCCAACCACCAGAGAAACAGCAGGCGAUGCACCUCUGCUUUGAGAACCUCAUGGAAGGAAUUGAACGAAACCUACUUACAAAAAACAGAGACAGGUUCACACAAAACCUCUCAGUAUUUCGCAGAGAAGUGAACGACUCGAUGAAGAAUUCGUCGUACGGUGUCAACAGCAACGACAUGAUGAGUUGACGUCCAUCGCAGACUCCCUCCCCGGCUGUGGGGGUGGGGGACGCCCCCCAGCCGGUGCGGGGGGUGUCGGUUGGGGUGCGUCUCUGACUCUCUGUAUGUGUGGGGAGGGGGAGGGGCAGGGGCGGGCAGUGUGGGGGGGUAGAGGGAAGUCGGUUGGUGUGUGUCACCUCCUUCUCCAAGGGGGGGGGUGAGGCGUAAAGGGGUACGAAACUCCUUUUCUCCUUUCCCCCCUUCUCUGCCCUCCGGGGCAUCGGACUGAGGGACUCCCGAUCUCUUGCCCCACUUUCUGCUCCCCCCCCCGCCCCUUGGCAACGAGAACCCUGGGCGGGCGAGAGAGAGAGAGAGGAGAGAGCGAGCGAGCACGGCUCUGCCUUGUAUAAACUUGUACAUUUUUUUUCUUAAAAAAACAUUUUGAACAAUGUUUAUAUGAAAUCAAUUAAAAAUGGAAAGAACAGUUGCUGUGAUUGACAUUUUUACAGAGAUGGAAGGAUGGGCAGUCACGAGAGGCGGUGUAAGCGAAAGUGGGGGAUGUGGGCAGUGGGGAUUAUUUUCUUCCCCCAUUCCCCCCCCUUCCCCCGUGAAUUUGAAACCGAAUGUUUUAAGAGGGGGAAUGCGUCAGUGCGAGAAACAGAAUGUGUGUGUGUGGGAGGGUGGGGGCGCGGGGGGUGGGAGGGGGCAAAGGGGUUGUUAGAGACAGAUGUACAAAACUAGCUGAGAGAAUACAAAAAUAACAAAUCUUGAAUAUGAAAAAAUGGGAUCGAGUCCGGAUUUCAAGCAUUCCCGAUAACUGGGGUAAUUUACCACUUACUUGGGUCCAUUUUGAGUGCGUGUGUGUGCGUGUGAUAUUUUUCUAACGCUCUGUAAAUUGCCUUCCACAAACGAUAAUGAACAGAUGGAUAGAUGGAAAGGAAGAGAUUAUAAAGAAAUUUGUUGCUGCUAAUUGUGUCUUGAGCGUAGCUCAUUUAAACCACAUCAAAAUGAACAGAGAGAAAGGAGGGAGGAAGGAGAGGGAGAGAGAGGGAGAGAAAAAAAAACACCAAUUAUAUUUUUAUUAAUGCCCCCUUUCAACAACAAACCCAAGUACGUGUUUGUGUGAGUGAGUGAGGGGAGUGGGGUUGGUUGAUGUGUCAGGAUGUUUGAAGCCUAUAGUGUACGCAUUGUGAUUGCAAAUAAACUUUAAUGAUCUGUACUGAA